AUGCUGUUGAUAGAAAGAAGACCACCAGUUAUUCCCAAGUCAAACAAGUACGUUUUUGCAAGAGCUACCAAAGGCUCUUUGGGUCAUCUUCGUGGCUGGGACUGCGUCUCAGUCAGCGUUAAGGAAGUAAAGGAAAUACAGAAGCCAGAGGCAAUUACCAGCACAAAGCUGCGAAAAUACAUUGCGACCGUGUCACAAACUGCGGCAUUGACGGAACUAGACGUACACUGGCUCGCACGCCACCUUGGACACGAUAUUAGAGUUCAUGGUCAGUUUUAUCGCCUUCACGAAUCUACAGCAGAGUUAGCUAAGGUCAGCAAACUCCUUUUUAGCAGUUGA